GGAGCACUUAAAAAUCUAGAGCUUAAGAACUUCAGGCAUCAACAGCUAGCCACUUGCCCUUCAGUUGGACCAGGAUCAGGUGGCGAUGGAGAGGCGAAGACCCCGAAAAUCAUCGCGUCACUUCUUGCGCUCCAAAGCGAAUCCCUCUGUUGACGGAGAAGGAGGAGCAGGUGGCGGUGGCUCUGCGCCAUCUACCUCUAAGGUGGUCUACCCCAAAAGCGAGGGUGAUGAAGCCCCCACGAUCACAUCUCUUCUGGGCGGUCGUCUAAACCGAGUUUCCCGCUUCACAAGAGUUCCACAAGCCCUGCAAAUUACUGAAAAUCCUGAGAAAACUGGCGUACCCGAAAGAGAGUCUGUACUAUCGGAGGGCUCAGAAUCGAAUCCCGAAUGGACGGUAAUUGCAGAAUCGGCAAGUCCUCGAGGAUCGGCUGUUCAUGGAAUCGUGGGUAUAGCAUUUAAUAACGUGGGAAGAGAUUCGGAAAGUCCCCGUGUAUCGGAGGAACUUCCAGAAGUUUUCAGAACAUCAUCCGUACGGCCUUCAACCGUGACAUCGGGCAGUCUUCGUUUCAAUACGUCUCAGGAUGGGCAUCCAACUGGUAAUAUUAAUUUUGCCCCGGAUUCGUUCUCUAGUGAGAACAGGAACAGCAGCUUAGUGUCCAAUGAAGGCGAUGGGAAUGUCAUUGUGGAACGAACGGCUCCGAGUUUGGGUUCCUGCCCCCAGGGCUGGGUUAAUGCUCGAUCGCAAUCUAACGCUGGACCUUCCGGACGGGAUACCUUGGGAUUUGCCAUCCAACUUGGCGCCGCCACAGUCGGUAACAAUCGUUGCGGUUUGGGUGUUACUUGCGAUGAGGAUUGUGGUUACGGAAAUGGUUGCGAUGCCGGAUGUAGUGAGGAUCAUGGGAUCGAACCGGGAAGCAUUUUCAUGCCAGCAGCCCAAAAUGCGCAUGCAUUGACAGCAGCAGUGAAAUUGGGUGGUCCACCUCCUAAUAGCAAUCUGCGAGGUGCUCAAAAACCCCAAGUUGCCUAUAAGCCCUGUCCAGCCUUACAGCGUGAAUCUAAUGGCGCAGAUUUCGGGAGUGAUCCGUUCAGCUUCUUCGUUACCUUUCUACUAGAAGUUCUUGGCGUACUAGUCUUUUUUGCCAUUUGCACUAUAACAUUCUGGAUAACUCUGGGUUACCAUGUCGUUCAGUUGCUGCUGGAUUUGAAGAACGCCGAUCGCAAUGUUCAGGUGGCGGUGGGCAUUGUGUUUGGGCUGCUUUUCGUCGCGUUUGCCAUUUCGCAGGUGACCAAUCUAAGUGGUUCCUGCUGCCAUGCAAAGGAUCGAGCCCGUUCCAGGGCCAAAGGCGGUAGCGGCAUUUGUCCCUUUCACAGGCCACCCAAAACCAACGCAAAGGCCAAACAAAAAAUCAGUUCCCCCAAACCGAAGAGCUGUCCUCAUAAAGCGAAGCUAAAAAAGGCAAGUAUUUGCGGAGCCAAAUAUGAUCUCCAUUCGCAUCGAAGACCACGCUACACCGACUGCGAGGGAAGGGCCAUUUUCCUGAGCUCCAGACGAUAUGCCAUACCCACCGAGAUGAAGCAGCCGCCAACCAUCGUUCUCUGGCUGCGCGAUGUGCUAGCCCGGAUGAUGCAAUAAUACCAUUAAGGAUCCACUGCCCCCAAAAACAAACCAUGACAUCAACUGGAUUGGGACUGACAGGGAUAAACUAUGACACCUCUAGAUACAAAUUCGAUAAUAUGGAUCCAAAUUUCAGGUUCAAUAAACUUUUCUAAACUGUCAA